CCCUCCUAUUCUGUCGCACUCGUUCUCUCUUGGUAUAGGACGCGGCUCUGACAGCUCCCUCGACUCGGCUUCCCUCCCGCCUCCAGCAUACACACUUCGCCGCCUGCCCUAGCUACCUUUUGUAAUCAACAUGGCGAAGGAAGACGAGAAGAAGCCCACAGCUGCCGACAAGGGCAAGGGCAAGGCUGUCAACGGCGAUGCGGCCAAGGCCAAGGACACAAAGGCCGAUGGCGAGGAUAAGAAGGGCGCCGUUGCGACCACUGGUGAGGAGCUCAGCGAGGAGGACCAACAAUUGAAGAGCGAACUCGAUAUGCUGGCAGAGCGGAUACUGGAAUCCGACACCAGCCUGUACAAGCCAGCGCUCGAACAAAUCAAAGACUUCAUCAAGACAUCAACGAGCUCUAUGACUGCCGUACCGAAGCCGCUCAAGUUCCUCCGGCCACACUACGAGAACUUUGAGAAGGCGUACGCAUCAUGGCCGGAAGGCGAAACCAAGCAAUCUUUUGCUGACAUGCUGUCCGUUCUCGGAAUGACGUACUCGGACGAAGAGCGCCUCGACUGCCUCAAGUACCGCCUGCACGCGCCAUCGACAGAUCUCGGCUCGUGGGGACACGAGUACAUGCGCCACCUUGCUCUGGAGAUUGGGAGAGAAUUCCAGAACCGCAUGAACGACGAUAAAUCGACAGACGACGUGACCGACCUGGCCUCGAAUCUCGUUCCUUUCUUCCUGAAGCACAAUGCCGAGGCUGAUGCGGUGGAUAUCCUGUCCGAGCUGGAGAUGAUCGAUCAGAUCGAACAGUACAUUGACGAGAACACGUACCCAAGGGUGUGCUUGUACAUGGUUGGUAUCGUCCCGCUUCUCACAUACCCGGACAACGACAAAUUCCUUCGCACCACCUACCAUAUCUACCGUAAAUACAAGCAGUAUACACAGGCAGUGGCACUAGCGAUACGGCUGAACGAUCGGGAGCUAAUCGAGGAGGUCUUCAAUUCCACCGAGGACAAGGCCAUCAGGAGACAAAUGGCCUUCCUCAUCGCCCGACAGCGAAUAUGGUUCGAUGUCUCGGACGAUGACGAUUCAGAGCUCCAGGAGUGUCUCAACAACACGCGGUUACCGGAUCACUUCAAAGCCCUCGGAAAGGAGCUCAACAUUCUAGAUCCGAAGACCCCAGACGAUAUCUACAAGACACAUCUCGAAAGCAGCAGGACAGCCGGUCUCACCAACACGGAUUCCGCCAGGCACAAUCUUGCUUCAGCUUUUGUCAAUGCGUUCGUCAACACUGGCUUCGGCAACGAUAAGCUCAUGUUGAACUCGGAUAGCAAAAGUAGCUGGGUAUGGAAGACGAAGGAGGAGGGUAUGCUUUCAACUACCGCUUCGCUAGGUAUGCUCCUGCUCUGGGACGUCGAGACUGGUCUAGACAAGAUCGACCCCUACACCAAUGUGGAUGACGACAUGGUCAAGGCUGGUGCCAUGCUUGCUACGGGUAUUCUCAACUCGGGAGUGCGUAUGGACUCAGAUCCUGCCCUAGCCUUACUAGGUGACGAGGACAACCUUGCACACAAGAACCGCAACAUCCGCCUCGCUUCGAUCAUGGGUCUUGGUUUAGCAUACGCAGGCUCGAAUAAGGAGGAGCUCCUUGAGCACCUUUUGCCUAUCGUCAGCGACACAAGCCUCGAUAUGCAGCUCUCCGCUAUGGCAGCGCUAUCACUUGGCAUGAUCUUCGUUGGAUCAGCUAAUGGUGAGGUUACCGAUGCCCUGAUGAACACCCUCCUAGACGAGGACCGGACCAAGCAGCUCAAGGACAAAUGGACUCGUUUCAUGGCCCUUGGCCUCGCACUACUCUUCUUCGGUCAGCAAGAGGAAGUCGAUGUCAUUCUCGAGACGCUAAAGGCGCUCGACCACCCCAUGGCCAAGUCUGCGUCCGUGCUCACAGAAGUCUGCGCGUGGGCAGGUACCGGCGCAGUGCUGAAGAUUCAGCAACUACUCCACAUUUGCAACGAGCAUAUUGAAGAUGACAGCGAGGAGAAGAAGGGCGAUGAGCUUCUUCAGUCAUAUGCAGUCAUUGGCCUGUCAUUGGUCGCCAUGGGUGAAGAUGUAGGCCAGGACAUGAUCCUCCGUACACUCGGCCACUUGAUGCACUACGGCGAGGCCAACAUUCGAAAGGCUGUUCCCCUCGCCUUGGGUCUCAUCAGCCCUAGCAACCCCCAGAUGAAGAUUUACGACACCCUCUCAAGAUACUCCCACGACAACGAUAAUGACGUGGCCAUCAACGCCAUCUUCGCCAUGGGUCUCUGCGGCGCCGGAACCAACAAUGCCCGCCUUGCACAGCUCCUCCGCCAACUCGCAAGCUACUACCAUCGCGAUCCCAACGCCCUCUUCAUGGUCCGCAUCGCCCAAGGUCUUCUGCACGCAGGCAAGGGUACGCUUUCUUUUAAUCCCUUCCACACCGAUCGUCAAGUCCUUUCCCGCGUCGCAGCCGCAGGGCUUCUCACCGUCCUCGUAUCCCUCAUCGACGCCAAGUCAUUCAUUGUUGGCGACUCACAUUACCUCCUGUACUUCCUGGCGACCGCCAUGUCACCUCGCUUCCUUAUCACGUUGGAUGAAGAACUCAAGCCUCUCACCGUCAACGUUCGUGUUGGCCAGGCAGUGGACAUUGUGGGUCAGGCUGGGCGGCCGAAGACCAUUACCGGAUGGCAGACGCAGAGUACGCCGGUUUUGCUGGCACAUGGCGAGCGGGCGGAACUGGAAGAUGAGAAGUAUCUUAGCUUGACCAAUGUGUUGGAGGGUGUGGUCAUUCUUAGAAAGAACCCAGAGUGGGAGGACUGAGCGAGUGAAGAUUAGCAAGGAAGAAAAGGAAUAGUCUACCCUAGCAGAGACGGCAUCUGCGUCAGAAGUUUUGGCACUCUAAUAGAAUUACGGGUAUUGUCCGCCCCCCUCGCAUCACCGCAGGCUGCGACGGCAGGUACGCCGUUGUAUAUAUAGAUGUGCAAGAAGACGACAUGAAUGAAAGCAUUGACACAAUAGUCCCCGCGUUCCAGAUUCUUGAUAGUUAUCGGUUGGCUACUCUUCAAUCACGACUUUUUAGCCUGGACGCGAGCAUUUUGCUGCGACGAUGCAUGUAUUUUUCGUCAGGUCGGACGGGAGAAAAAUGGCUACGAGGAUAUAGAGUGUAUGCAUAGUGCCCCUCUGAUAGAUAAUGUGUAGGC